AAAAUGCCGUGAUACGGUCACACUGGCAGGCUUACUCACUCUCAGCUGAUUUUCAAAAACAAAUUUCUCGCUGCGAUGUGGGUGUUCGCCCUAGUGGUCCACGUACUGCUCCUGGGCUCAAUCUUCGUCAUAUAUUUCCGCUCGCCGGUGAUCAAGGGCCUGACACCGCAGAAACAGCUGCAGGACUACAAUUUGGAGCCACCAGCAAAGCGCUUGGUGCUCUUUGUGACCGAUGGCUUGCGCGCCGAAUCGUUUUUCGAGGAUAAAUGCCGGUAUGUGCCGCAUCUGCGAGAGAUCUUCAUGCGGGAGGGCCUCGUGGGUGUUUCCCGCACCCGUAUGCCCACCGAAACGCGUCCCGGGCACAUCGCUCUGCUCGCUGGCCUCUACGAGGAUCCGUCGGCGGUGCUGCGCGGCUGGAAGAAGAAUCCCGUCGACUUUGAUACGUUAUUUAAUCGGAGCUCCCACAUCUAUGCCUGGGGUGCAAGCGACAUAAUCGGCAUCUUUGAGCAUCUCGUUAAUUCGAACACAUUGCAUUUCCAAUCCUACACCAAUGAUCUGGACUUCUCGCCGGGCUACGAGAGCUACGAACAGGAUGAGUGGGUGUUCAAGCGGGCCCAGUGGCUGCUGCAACGCAAGGGGGACAAGCUGCAGAACUCCAGCUCUGUGGUCUUCUUCCUGCAUCUCCUGGGACUGGACACAGUGGGGCAUGUCCACAAGCCGGGUUCGCCACAAUUCCGCAAGAAUUUGGACAAGACGGAGCGUGGCAUCCAUGAGAUUUACAAGGAAUUUGAGCGUGUGUUUCCCGAUAAAAGAACUGCCUACUUGCUGACCUCUGAUCAUGGAAUGACGGACUCGGGUUCCCAUGGUGCUGGCACUGCACACGAAACAAACACACCCUUUAUGUUAUGGGGAGCAGGCGUUGCUCGCGAGGUGCCUAAUCCUGGCCUUAGAAAAUUCAUGCCCAACGAUCAAGGUCCAAAGAUGCCGCUGCUCACACUGGAACAGGCCCAGCUAACGCCGCUUAUGUCAGCUUUGAUUGGCCUGCCGCCGCCAAUGAACAACUUUGGAACGCUGCCCAUUGGUUACAUGAAUGUCAGCGUUGAAUACGAAGCCAUAGCUACAUAUUUGAAUGCUCUGCAACUCCUGGAGCAAUAUGAAACCCUUCAAGGACAGCACAAUAGGGGAUUAUUCGCAGGGCUUUUGCCUGCGUUCGAAUCCCUGUCUCCGCUGGCCAUUACAACGUACAAGACGAAUAUCAAGAAGCUGCGCAAGCAAGAGGAACAUGUGCUCUACCAGGUCAAGAGCCAAGUUAUGAUGCAACACGCUCUCCAGGGCAUCGAAUACUAUCACGGAUAUUAUCGGAGUGCCCUCUUGAUGAGCACCACUGCCACUUUCCUAGGCUGGAUAUUCUAUCUUUAUCGCUUGCUUGCGAAGAACAGGGGAAGCCAAGUGGAGCUGGCGCUUGCAGCGAAUGCAAAUCUGCUGAGGACGAGUCUAGUUGUCUCUGUGGUUAUGUUGAUGUUGUUUCUGUUGCUACAACGAACACCGCUGGACAUUCAAUUCUAUCUGAUGCUGCCCCUCUUUGUCUGGCUAAAGGCUGCUCAGCCCUGGAGCAGUUUUACAUCCGCCGCUCAGCCCGAAAAGGCGUACAGUGCUCCGGCCUUGAAGACUACAAUGUGGCAAUACCUGAUGAUAAUCGUUUGCGCGGAGCUGAUGGUCUUCACCUUCUUCGAUCGCCGCCUGAUCUCGCUGUGCUUUGUGGCCUUUGCGUGCUACAAUAGUUGGAGUAACUUCCAGCCCAAGUCCAGGGAACUCUACCGCUGGCUUGCAUUGGUCCUGAUCCUGGCGGGCUUUCCCUUGCUACCGUCUUCGGUGGGCUAUCAGAACUGGUUUAUGCUUCUGGCUGGUGUUAUUGUAAUCCCCGUGAACUGCCUGUGGAGUGCCAAGGCAAGGUUGAGUUUUGAGAAUCACAUGAAGUACUGCAAUGCCCUGAUCCUGCUCAAUACCAUAGUGUGUGCUUAUCUCCACGACAGCGGCACGAAUAUUCUGCUGCCUAUGAAAAUGGCCAGCUGGUUGUACCUGGCCUAUGCCUUCGCUGCCAUUGUGGUGAACCAGGAGUCAAAGCUGGAGCUGCGCCUGGGACAGAUUGGCUUUAAUUUCGGAUGCCUGUACGCCACCUUGUGCACCUCCUACGAGGCGGUGUUCGUUCAGCUGCUGACCAUGGAACUGAGUCUUUCGCUGCGCGCCCAGAGUGGUCAGGCGGAGAAGUCUGUGUUGAGGCUAGCCUUCACCCUGCUCCUGUACACCUUCUACUCGCUGUUUGGUUCAGGGAACAUAGCCUCGAUUAGUUCCUUUGAUCCCAACAUCGCCCGGUGCUACCUCAGUCACUUUGCACCGUUCGUGAUUAUGGGUCUGGUGCUGCUGAAGCUCCUCCUGCCCGUUAUCCUCAUCAUGGCGGUGGUGUACACGCACAGUGAGUUUGUGCGUCAGCAUGAGGAGCAGAUCUACAUCUGUUUGCUGCUAAUCUGUGAUGUGAUGGGCCUGAACUUCCUGUUUUUGGUGCGCAAUCAGGGCUCUUGGCUGGACAUUGGCUCGUCCAUAUCGCAUUUUGUCAUCAUGGAGGUGACCACACUGGUAAUUCUGAUCCUUGCCCAGGUGGCCAAGUUGCUGCUGCAACCCCAUUCCAGGGAGAGUAUUCUAACCUUGCCACUGCGCCUUAUCCACUGGGAGGCACUUAACGCCAAGCCGAAGUAAGAGUUUUUGACCAAAGCUAUGCUUAAACAUUUAUGUCCGAUAAUAUUUACAACACUAAUUAAGAAUUAGUAACAUACACAUGUAAAUCAUAGAAUCUA